ACAGCCCAGUAGAUACAUCAGAACACUGGGGGGCUUCAGAUUUCCCGUCGAAAUUGAAAGAGGCCGAUCUGGGUAGACUUAAGGCUGAAUAAAGAAUUUUUGAUAGUGUAGAACUGAUAUGAUCGGAGCCUGAUGAGAGGGCCUGCUAUCCUAGGCCGGGGUGUGUGGCCAUGAGUGAGGCACUUUUUAGUUUUUAGGGCUGGACUUAAGCUCCUCCUCCAUCCCUUCUUUAGGCUAGUGCUGAGGUCUGAACCCGAACUCCUGGAGCCAAAUGGUGGGGUCCUGGAUGUUAUGGAAGGAGGCGUCGCUAGGGGUGGAGAUGCCCUUCUCGAUUUUUCAGACCCUAUACAUUCCUAAGGUAGCAGCUGGAAGGGACAAGACUUAGUUGUGAUAUUAUUUAACCUCAUGGGGUUCCCAUAUUCCAUUCGUGCUCGAUCUGUCGAGCUCCAUUAAAGAAUGGAAGAGCUCGUGGUGCUGGGCUGUCGGGAGAUGGGACACGAUGGAGGGGGACCCCCUAGCACCUCUUACGGUCCCCAUGAAGUAUUCCACACUUAGUACCCUUCCUCGGUGUGAGAUAUUGACAGACGAUUUCGACAUAAUUUGCAUCGUCUACCAGUUGCUCUCGAAGAAGAGGUCAUAUCACGUGCUGAUCAUGAAAAACAUUCAUUUCGUAACACAUGAUCUGAUGGCUUUCCAAGAUAACUUGAACAAGAAGAAGCCUUUGAUGCCCGACUUUAAGACAAUUCAGAAGAUGAUGGCUGAGGUGAGAACCUUGAAGACCUCAUCAUCUGCCUACAAGAAGCAAAUGGAGGAUCUAGUCAAUGCCAGUAAGAGGCUUCAGCCUUCGAGGGAUGAAGAGGUCGAAGAAGACCCUGAGAUGAAUUUACUGAGGAAGGGCAAAAAGGCUGCGGGCUCUUAAAAGGGGGCCACCGUGGCGGGGCAACCCGCGGCCUUAAGAUAGACAACAAUUCCAACUGGGGUGGUCCUCAGGGAUAAGGUUGUCGAACCCUCCGUGGCUGUCCUUGCAACCUCUGCUGCCCCGGCUGAAGCUCCACUU